CGCCUGGGAGGCGCUUCCGCCAGCGCGCAGGAGCCGGGAGGGACUUCCGGCGCCGCGGCGGAGCUCUGGGGCGUUCUCCGCCCGCGCUCGCAGCCUUCCCGGUGACCGGGGGGGCGCGGAGGAGGCGUCCCCGGCGGGGGGCCGCGGCCCGGACCUCAGCGACGCUCCGCCGCGCGCUUGGCCGUCCCGUCCGCCGCGGGCCCAUGUCGGCGGCCGAGCGGACGCGCCCCGCGAGUCCCAUGGCAGCAGCAGGGCCCAUGGAACCAUCACAGAAUUGAUUUUCUGCUGGAUAUGGUAAGAGAGCAAUCGGAAUGACCUCAGGAUUCUUGGCAUCAACAAAUGAAAGUGUGGAAGUGCCAGUUACUGAGGUGGAACAUAAAUGGACAAUGCUGGCCAGAAAGAAUGAACUGGUCAUGACAGCUGGAGAUGGUGAUCCCUGGGCAUGUGGGGUGGCAAGGAACGGUAGCAUCAGGGCCUAUAUCUCCUCUAUAUUGGGCCAUGUGACCUUUGAGGAUAUCGCUGUGUACUUCUCCCAGGAGGAGUGGGGGCUCCUCGAUGACGCUCAGAGGCACCUGUAUCAUGAUGUGAUGCUGGAGAACUUUGAACUCAUGGCCUCAGUGGGUUGUUGGCAUGGAGUAGAUAAAGAGGCCCAUUCUGAACAGAGACUUUCCAUAGGAGUGUCACAGGCCAGGACUCCAGCACCAAGUCCAUGCAUCUCAAAUGCUCAUCCCUGUGAGAUGUGUAUGCAGUCCAUAAAAGACAAUUUGCACCUGAUUGGACACCAGGGAAUACUUCCCGGGAAGAAACCAUACCUGUGUGUGACAUGUGGGAAACAGUUCUCAUUAAGUUUGAAACUACAACAGAAGCAGCAGCAUAGUGGAGAGAAACACAUCAUAAAGGGAGAGAAUAGAGCCUUGCUUAGUUGCAGAGUCUCUGUGUCAGGAAGCCUUUUCAUAUGCAAAGAUGUAGAGAAGGACUUCCCAGCCAGUCUAGACCUUCUGCAGCAUCAGACUGCCCUUGGCAGAGGAUGUUCUCUGUUGAGAAGCAGGGAGACCUUUCAUACUCAUUCAAAACAUUACAAACAUAGUAGAUGUGAGCAGAUUUUUAAUGAGAGGGUUCACACCAUUGAACUUCAGAGAGUUCACACUGGAGAAAAAGCUAAUGAACAUAGUGAAUGUGGAAAAUCUCUGAGCUCCAAACACUUACUUGUAGAGCAACAGAGAACCCAUGAUGGAGAAAAGCCUUAUGUGUGCAACACAUGUGGGAAAUCAUUUCGCCACAAACAAACCCUCAUUGGGCAUCAGCAGAGAAUCCAUACUGGAGAAAGGUCUUACGUGUGUGUGGAAUGUGGGAAAUCCCUGAGCUCCAAAUACUCACUUGUUGAGCAUCAGAGAACCCAUAAUGGAGAAAAGCCAUAUGUGUGCAACACAUGUGGGAAAUCAUUCCGUCACAAACAAACAUUUGUUGGGCACCAGCAGAGAAUCCAUGCUGGAAAAAGACCUUAUGUGUGCAGUGAGUGUGGAAAAUCUUUUAUUCAGUCUUCUGACCACAUUCGACAUCAGAGAAUUCAUAGUGGAGAAAGGGCUUAUGAGUGUAGUGAAUGUGGGAAAUCCUUCAUCUACAAACAGUCACUUCUUGAUCAUCAGAGAAUCCACACUGGAGAAAGGCCCUAUGGGUGCAGUGAAUGUGGGAAGGCCUUCAUCCACAAGAAAAGACUUCUUGAGCAUCAGAGAAUUCACACUGGAGAAAAGCCUUAUGUGUGCAUUAAGUGUGGGAAGUCCUUUAUUCGGUCUUCUGACUACAUUCGGCAUCAGAGAAUUCACACAGGAGAACGGGCUUAUGAGUGCAGUGAGUGUGGGAAAGCCUUCAUCUGCAAACAAACACUUCUUAAGCACCAUAGAAUCCACACUAGAGAAAAGCCUUACCAAUGCAGAGAAUGUGGGAAAGGCUUCUACACUGAAGAUAAACUUCUUCAGCACCAGAGAAUCCACACCAGAGAACAAACAUACAAGUGCAGUGAGUGUGGGAAAACCUUCAGCCACAAAAAAAGGCUUCUUGAGCACCAGAGGACCCACGCUGGAGAGAAACCCUGUGAGUGCUGUGAAUGUGGGAAAUGCUUUCGACAUCGCACCAGCCUCAUUCAGCAUCAGAAAGUUCACAGUGGAGAGAGGCCUUUCAUCUGUACUGCUUGUGAAAAGUCCUUCAUCUACAAAAACAAACUCAUUGAGCACCAGAGAAUACACACUGGAGAAAAACCCUAUGAGUGCACUGAAUGUGGGAAAGCCUUCAACAAGAGAUACUCCCUUGUCAGGCACCAAAAUAUUCAUGCAAGAGAAAGGCCCUAGCCUUU